AUGAAUAACAGAAAAAUUUUAUGUCAAAUUUGCAAUAACCAAUAUGGAAAAUAUAUAUGUCCUCGUUGCAAUCAGCGAUAUUGCUCUUUGAUAUGUUAUCGAAGUCAGAUACAUUUGAGAUGUUCUGAAUUUUUUUAUAAAGAUAAUGUAGAACAAGAAAUAAAAAACAGGAAAAUAACAAAAAAAGAAAAAACUGAAGUGUUGCAUUUUCUUUCUAAAUAUUCAUAUAACGAAGAUUUUAAAAAUUUUAAAUUUUUAGAUGAUAAUAAAAAAUUAUCUGAAAAAAUAGAAAAAAGUACUUUAAAAAACAGAAUGAAAGAUAUAGAUGUAGAAAAUGCAUCUUUUGAGGAAAUAUGGGAACGGCUUGAAUCAAAUGAAAGAGAAGAAUUUGUACAUUUAGCAAUGGCUUAUAACAAUGAUGUCAGAUAA